AUGGCCGCCAUGACCUCCAAGCUCACCACGUGCGUCGCCCCCGCCGACUCCGCGCGCCGCGACGGAGUCGUCGUCGUCGUCGUCGUCGUCGUCGCGCCGCGUCGCGUCGCGUCGUCGCUCGUUCGCGAUCCGAGCCCGCCGAAGAUUCGUUCACUCCUUUUCCUCGCCGCUGACCGACGAUCGAUCCGCCCCCCUCCGUCCGUCCGUCCGUCCGUCCGUCGCAGGCGCGUCGUCGCGGCGCCGAAGCGCGCGACGUCCUCCUCCUCCUCCUCCUCCUCCCGCCGCGCGACCGUCGCCGUCCGCGCGUCCGCGUCUCCGCUCAAGAGCGCGGUCGCGUCCGUCUCGACCGCGUCCGCGACCGCCGCGAUCGCGUUCCUCGCCUCCGCGUCCCCCGCGAUGGCCGCCUCGCAGACGGACGAGACGAUCGCGUUCUUGAAGGCGUUCUGGGAGUUCCGAACCGCGGACCCGGCGUCGUUCAUCGCGUACACCGUCCUCCCGAUCGCGGUGCCCUACGCGGUGUUCAAGGUGCUCUGCGAUCGGAAAUCCGAACGCAGACGCGCGGAGCUCGCCGCGGGGGGCUGGGACGCGUUCAUGGCGGAGAGAGGGCUUCCGAUAGACGUGCUGUCCUUGCCGCAGCUGAACGCGUUCGCGGCCGCCGCGGAGAAAGAUCUUCUGGACGACGAGAUGGUGCGGGAGUUUGUCCGACAGAAGGAGAUCAGCGAGUUGUGGCAGAAGUCCACCAUCAACGUCGAGGACCCGCGCAUGGAAAACGCGAAGCAACGCGCGCGCGCGGAGAAGAUUCUCGCGUUGCGCGAGGAGAAGGCGAACGCGGGGGGGAACUGA